GUGUGCCUGCUCCCCUGCACACUGCUCUCGUCCCUCCUCCUCCUCCUGCUCUGCAGCAUCCAUGAGACAGAGCAGAACAGCUACUGCCAACAAAUCAUCACCGAGAAGCACCUGGCUGAACUGGAAGAGCUGGCUGACACCCAGAUGCAGCACCCGGGCAAGGUCUCCUUCAAGUUCAUCAACAAGAUGCAGUUGAACGACUCCGUCUGCUACGUGAAAGCUGCUUUUCCUCUGCUGGGCAAGAUCCUGCAGCAAACAGAAUUCAAGGAGAACUCCUCCAACGCCAAGAAGAUGCAGAUGGUGCGCAGGAUGUACAAUCGCAUCGAUGAGAACGUUGACCCCUGCAUCAGGGAUGAGGAUGAUGAGGAGAGGAAGCUCUCACAAAUGUGCUUCGAGGAGUUCACCACCUCCCCCUACGAGAUGCUGGUGCUGGUGAAGGAGUUUUUCCAGGACAUCAACCAGCUCCUGCAAAACCAAGAGACCUUUGAGAAAGAUUGCAGCCAGGUCUACCGCAGGACCUGCGUGGGACCCAGGAAAGCUGGAUCCUCACCAGGUGUGGGGACAGAUCCCGACUGCAAUUGCCUGUCCCCUGCCCUCCCUCCUGCCACCCAGCCCUCCCUCCCUGCUGCCACCCACGCUGGCAGCGAGGUGGCACCCGCUAGCACCCAGGUCCCUUACAGCCUCCUCCAUGCCACCCUCGCUGGUUUAGACGCCCUGUCCCAGCCCCUCAGUAGCACAGAAGGUGGCUCAGGGGCCGGGGAGGUCCCAGGAGCUGGGCUUGGUGCCACUGCCCCGGUGCCACCCCCCGUGAUGAUGCAGCAGAGAGAUCCGACCGAUGGCGCCCGAGCCCUCCAGGACCCAGCCGGGACACUCAGCCUGGCACCGGUGGAUCAUGUCCCCAUCCUGCCUGGGGAUGGAGACCUGGUGGAGGGGGACACCGAAGUGGUGGCCUCCCACCCCUUGCUGCAGCACCAGACCCAGAAGCAGGGAGCACCCAUCCUCCCGGAGCAUCCCGGCGGGCUCAGGACCACAGCAUCCCCCGGCGCCAGGAUCCGUCCCGCGGUGGCAUCUGAGCCCGUCACCCAGCUCCGCUUCACCAGGAUGGGCCUGGAACGGUCGCUGGAAGAUGGAGCCUGUGACCCCGAGGAGCCAGAGAGGAGGGCGCUACAGGGAGCAAGGGAAUGUCCAGAGCUGGAGACUCAGGACCUCUAA